AUGUCUGUGGAACGUCCCCCGACGCUCAAAAUCAAGCAUUUUUUCCUUUUGUCCGAGAAAUCAAGCAGCAACCCGGUCCUCGCUCUCGAAGUCUACGUCUACUUGUCCUUUGAAGAGCAGCUUGUCCAGCACAUAUUUAUUCCAAAGGCCGACACGACAGGUCUUGGUAAGAGGGUUUCAGCAAAAGCGGUGGUCUGUGAACUCGUGAAUCGGGUUCUUGCGAUAAGCCCUGGGUCCUAUUUGGCUGAACCGGUUGCAUGGCAUAAACCCGCUAAAGAGUCCAAAGACGACUCGUCUGAUAAAAACUUGUCACCAUAUCCUACGGUCAAUGCUUUGCGGGACCUCGCGGCGAAGAUAAGAAACCCAGAACCACAAGAAAAGAAACAAGCCCAUGUUCCCGUAACUCCAGAAAAGUACAUCACAAAGAUCUCUCUCUUUACGCGUGCUGCUAACGCGUACAUCUUUCCAAAUUCAGAGCAAAACAAAGGCAAGCAUCUUGCCGACGGAAACGCUCUUUUCUCGUGGUGGGUGCAAAUUCUAGAAAAUGUGCUUCCUGAGGCCUGGAAAUGUACAGCCGAUCUUCCUGGCGCUGAACCGGCGGCAGUAUCUCGCUACCUUCCAAAACGGUGGUCUCGCGGCCACAUAUUUGAUAAGAAGGCAUCUGCAAUUCGUGAAAUUCCCUUGUUUCCAGAUGACCCAAAGGGCCGUUUCCUAGAACACUUGGUAGUUGAGGGACGCUACAGGUCGGUCAAUGUCGCUCUGUUCUGGGAUGAACUCGGCUUUCGUCAGGAGUUUCGACUUGGCAAUGUCGUGGGCAUCAUUGGCUGUGAAAAUGUUGAUCCUGUUGCAGUUGGAUCAUCCAAAAUGCCAGGCCUCAGCGUCUCCCACAAACAGUACAAGAAGAUUGUCGAUUUCGUAAAAAGCGAAGACUACGCCGCUCCUGACGUCUCGACAAUGAUUACGCUGGGGCUUCCCGAGGUAUUCAAACAGAGUGGUUUGGAAUAUGAACCGGAGAGAAUAGUCGGUACAAGGCAGGUGGCUGCAAAGGAAACAGCAAUUCCAGUGAACACUCUCACGGCUAAACGUCCGGCCGUGAACAACUUAACGGGUCUUGUCCGCAAGGCUCGCAAGUAG